GAUCUGGCAGUUUGGCCCGGUUCAACAGGGAAUCCUUAUUCGUAUCCAAAUAUACCUUUUCUAUUCCGAUGCGAAGUUGGUAUUCCCACUAUUCCUAUUCCGAGACGAAGUUGGUAUUGUUCUCUCCUAUAAAUAGCCGUCAUAGUCUUCUCUCCUGCAGAAGAGUUGAGGGAGAAGUAAGAUCAUGGCGUCGUCGGCUGAGAAAGGGAAGAACAUCGUUCUAAGGAGCCGGAACGGUGAGGAGUUCGAAGUGGAGGAGUCAACGGCGAGGCAGUCGGAGGUGAUCGGCAACGUCAUCGACGAUGGCUGCGCGGAGGACGGGAUCCCUCUCCCGAUCGUCGACACGAGGACCCUCGCCAAGGUGAUCGAAUACUGCAGGAAGCAUGCCGGCGCCACCAGCGAGCUCGGCGACGACGGCAAUGCUGAUGAGGAGAUCAAGAGCUGGGACGCUGCGUAUAUUGAUGUGCACCUGGACGUCCUCUUUGACCUCCUUCGGGCUUCCAAUUUUCUCAAUAUCCCAGGUCUCUUGGACCUUGCAUGCAAAAAACUGGCUAAUAUGAUCAAGGGGAAGAGUGUUGAGGAGAUCCGUAGGACUUUCAACAUUCAGAAUGACUUCACUCCAGAGGAAGAGGAAGAGAUCCGGAAGCAGAACCAGUGGGCCUUCGAGUAAAAGUGUGGACAUCCGACUCAUGAUAUUAGGCUGGGUAGUAUGUGGCUGAUUGGUGGGCACAGAGAAGCCAAAUAAUUCUUCAGCUUUUUUUUGAGUAGGGUUGCUAAACUAGGGUAGGUAGUUGAUAGAACCUAGAAGCUAUAGCUGUCUUUCAACACCAGCUUGCUUGUGGGAUCUUUUAGUUUGUUUUGUUCUUUAGUUUGUUUAGCUAGCUGACCUGAAUAUGCAACAGAUUCAGGGAUAUCACAUUCUUAAUGCAUAUGAGUGGUUUCAUUCUGAUACAAGGUCAAAAAAUGCAGCUUUGAGCAAAUAAAUGUAAGGUUUCUUUUAA